AUGACGUCAUCGCCUGAAUGGGCCAAAAUGGUUCGUGGUGAGUGGUAUCACGCCGGCGAUGAGAUCUUGCAAGAGAAUAGAGAGCGUUGCAAGAGGGCUUGUGAUGAGUUCAAUGCGGCAAAGUAUGCCUCUCGACGCGAAAAAGUCAGGCUUUGGAGAGGCAUUGUUGGCGACACCCGGCCAUUGCCCGAGGAAAUUGCGAGUGUAAAAGAGGACGAGGCUCUCUUUGAAGAUACAGAUCCAUUUGUUGACGGCCCAAUCUCAAUCGAUCACGGACUCAACUUCAAAGUGGGAAAAGGAAGCUUUCUCAAUUUCAACCUUCUCGUUCUCGAUACAUGCCUUAUUACAAUAGGCGAGAAUGUCCUGUUUGGGCCUAAUGUUGGGCUAUUUGGCGCCGUUCAUCCCAUGGACCCGGCGGAGCGCCGUGGGCUCAAGGGACCGGAAGCAGGGAAGGAAAUACACAUUGAGGAUGAUGUUUGGAUUGGAGCUGGUGCCUCUGUCUUGGGUGGAGUGCGGGUGGGACGAGGCAGCACAGUUGGCGCCUGCUCCGUCGUCACCAAAGACGUUCCUCCUUUCCAUUUCGUGGCUGGGAACCCUGCUAGAAUUAUCAGAAAAAUCCAAUCUACAAUGGACACGGACAUUAAUGAUAAUUCGACCAACACGGGAGAGGGUAUCUGA